CAAAAAACAACGAUCUGUGUAACUGAGGCUGUGCUUCUGCAACCUCACGACCGUCAUGGGGCGGAAAACGGAAAUCUUGAAAGGAACGCCACGGAAGCUUUGACCACAUACAACUGGGCAAACUGGGGUACAGUACAGGAGCUCCAUCACGCCAAGCUUCAGGUGCUUUGCACAGCCCCAGUUUUUUUAUUUGGCAAUUAACUUCCUGCCUCAAUUGUCAGGCGCAAUAUCGGCCUCAUUUUUUCCCCUUGAUUGAACCCUGUCGCGUGCAAGCAAGUUGCAGUGAGAGGCUCUCAAACUAUCAGACGCGGAGAGCUCCGCAUCCCCGGGCCAGCAAAAGGACGAGUUCGCUCCGGACAAAACACGCACCUCUAAUCAACCUCGCCGCACAAAUCACAACUCGACGAUGCCGCCCAGAUUACCUCUUGCCCAAGCGGCGAGGUCCUGCCGCGCAUCACUCACCACAGCCACGACGACCCCCAUAAUCUCAUCCACACCGUCAAUCACAACUCUCCUUGGCGCUUUGUCGUUGCAAACCCGCCGUCAGGCCUCGAUCCUCGCAAACUUGAGGGACAACCCGGGUGCUUACAACAAGCGGAAGCGUGUGGGACGUGGACCUUCAUCCGGCUAUGGAAAGACCGCCGGUCGAGGUCAGAAAGGUCGCAAGGCGCGCGGCGCCGUAAACCCUUGGUUCCAAGGUGGACAGACUUCGCUCUUGGGGGUCUGGGGUAGGAAAGGAUUUGUGAACCACCGAGCAGAAGACCUUGCAGAGGUCAACCUCGACCGGUUACAAGCAUGGAUUGAUUCCGGCCGCAUCGAUGCUACCCAGCAGAUUACGCCUCGGGAGAUGGUCCGCAGCGGCCUCGCAGCGCGCGGCAAGGACGGCAUCAAGAUCAUCGCACGGGGCUCGGAAAAGCUCAAGACCCCCAUCGACAUAGUCGCCUCGCGCGUCUCUGCUAGCGCCAUAGACGCCAUCGAGGCGCUGGGCGGCAAGGUCCAGACGCGCUACUACACGAAGCAAACCAUCCAGCGACUGGUCCGCGGCGAGAUGGUCCACACCACGGAGCCCCUGCCCGUCGGCGCCGAGCACGUAGAGAGGAUUUUGACCGAGCGCAGGAGCCAGACCAAGCACAUGUACCGCAUGCCCGACCCCACUUCCCGUUGGGACAUUGAGUACUACAGAGACCCGGCCCACAGGGGCUACCUGAGCUACCAGCUGGCUCCGGGUGACUCUCCUAGUUUGUUCUUCAAGGUGCCCAAAACAUUUGCACCGAAAGUGGAUCAGGCAGAGGGUGCACAAAAGAAGAAGAAGGAUCUGGGAGACAACAAGAUGUGGUGAUGGAGCAUCUUUUGAGUCCUUCUGUACAAUAUUAUGUCCACAUAGAGUGUAUUAUCCAUAUACAAGCAUUGGGUUGGUAUAAGACUGGCAGUUGUCAGUCUUGACUGGUAAAUUCAUAUUUCAUGCCCUCUCAGCUGUGAUAUUCAUUCCAACGAGAGGUCUGCCUACCAUCUGUGUUGACUAUCUAAGUACAUAGGUAGGUACCUGCGUAUAAGCAACAGAACAAACAUGCUACGUGACCAG